AUGCCACCAAAAGUUAAAACACAACAAGAAAAAAUUCAAGCUGUAGUACUAACAGAUUCAUUUGAAGAAAAUUUCACAUCUCAACCAAAAUGUUUACUACCUUUAGUAGGAGCACCACUUAUAGAAUAUACAUUAGAAUUUUUAAAUAAUUCACCAAUAACUGAAAUUUUUAUAAUUGUUACAAAUGAAAAAGUUUAUGAUUACUUAGUCAAAUCAAAAUGGAAAAUUAAUAUAAUAAUGUCUAUGGAAUCUAAGUCUAUUGGCGAUGUAAUGAGAGAUAUAGAUAAUAGAGGUAUAAUAAGUGGUGAUUUUUUAUUUGUUACAGGAGAUAUAAUAACAAAUAUAAAUUUUAAUAAAUUAUGGUCAUAUCAUAAAUCUAAAAAAUUAGAUAAAGAUUAUAUGAUGACAAUUGCAUUAAGUAAUUCAAAAACAAAAUUUACAAAUUCAAUAUUUAUAUUAGAAAAUCAAUCAAAUAAAUGUAUAUAUUAUCAAGAUUAUCAAAAAACUAUAGAUAUUGAUCCCGAAUUAAUUGAAGAUGGAGAAUUUAUAAUUCGAAAUGAUUUAGUAGAUUGUCAUAUAGAUAUUUGUUCACCAUUAGUUCCACAAAUUUUUCAAGAAAAUUUUGAUUAUCAAGAGUUACGUAGUGAUUUUUUAAAGGGAGUAUUAACUUCAGAUAUUUUAAGAAAAACUAUAUAUAUUUAUCAAACUGAUUCAUAUUCUGCGAGGGUUUAUGAUUGGAAUACUUAUGAUUCAAUAUCAAAAGAUAUAUUAGCACGUUGGUGUUUUCCCAUAGUACCAGAUUCUAAUUUAUUUGAUACAUCAUAUGUAUAUGAAUUUAAUAAUAUAUAUAAAGAAGAUAAAAUUUUAUUAGCAGAAUCUUGUAAAAUUGGUACAUCUACAGCAAUAGGAAGAAAUACUACAAUUGGAGAAGGAACAAGUAUAAAAAAUUCAGUAAUUGGAAGAAAUUGUAAAAUUGGGAAAAAUUGUAAAAUUUCAAAUUCAUAUAUAUGGGAUGAUUCAGUGGUGGAAGAUAAUACAAUCUUGAAUAAAAAUUUAAAUCAAAUUCCAUUAAAUUUUUAUAAAUUAACAAUUAAUGGAUCUGAUGAUUCAAUAGCAUCAUUAAAAAAGAAACGUAAUACAAGAAGAAGAUUAUCAACAAAUUCAAUAAUUUCAGAACCUGAAGAAGAUUUUUCAAUUGAAGGAUUUGCAACAGUUUCAAGAGCAAUAGAAAAUAAUCAUGAUAUAGAUACUGCAUUAUUAGAAUUAAAUACAUUAAGAAUGUCAAUGAAUGUAAAUUAUCAUGAAGUUAGAUCAGUUACAAGUGAAGCCAUUAUAAAAAAAAUCAUUGAUUAUAUAUCAACAGAAACUUUAAAACCUCAAGAAGCAACUACAAAAUUAUUUUCAAAUUGGGGUCAAAUGUUUAAAAGACAAACUUUUGGAAAUGAAGAUGAAAUUGAUUUAUUAAAUAUUUUAGAAUUAGAAAUUGAAGAGUUAAAUUCAAAUUAUAAUCAAAUUAUAUUAUUUGUUGCAAUAAAGACAUUAUAUGAUAUAGAAAUUAUUCAAGAAGAUAAUAUAUUAAAAUGGUGGGAUUUAAAUGAAAACAAAGCUGGUGAUGUAAGAGGUUUAACAUCUAAAUUUAUCACAUGGUUAAAAGAAGCUGAAGAAGAUAGUGAUGAUGAUUAG